GGAAAAUUGGAGAAGAAGAUGAAUUAUUUUCAAAUAAUAAUAAAAUAUAAGUUGAUGGUCAAAGUAAAAUUGCAAUUGUAUAACACACAUUUUUCAAUCAAAUAAGAAAUUCAACAAGAUGAUCAUCAGAAUACAUUGAUGGAAAUCUUACUCAUUCUCCUCUGGUCCUUCUCUUUAAUCUCUAUCUUCACAACAACCAAAGCCAUUGACACAAUUUCUGCAACUCAGUCUAUUAGAGAUGGUGGUCAGACCAUAGUUUCAGCUGGUGGCUCCUUUGAGUUAGGAUUUUUCACCACCAAUUCUAAUACAUAUUUGGGUAUAUGGUUCAAAAAUAUUUCUGAUGGAACUGUCAUCUGGGUUGCUAAUAGAGACAGUCCACUCACAAAUUCAUCAGGAUUACUACAAUUUGAUAACAGAGGAGGUCUUAUUCUUCUGAAUCAAGAAAACUUGACCAUAUGGUCUGCUAAUACGUCGAGAGCUCUGCAGAACCCUGUCGCGCAGCUUCUCGAUUCGGGAAAUUUCGUUUUACGAGACGAAACUGAUGUUGACCCGGAAAAUUACUUGUGGGAAAGUUUUCAUUAUCCUGACAAAACAUUUAUGCCUGGAAUGAAAGUUGGAAGAUUGUCUCGAGGCGUUGAUGUUCGUUUAUCAUCAUGGAAGAGCGCGGAUGAUCCUUCGGAAGGUGAUUUUACUUUUGAGCUUGAUCCUUCUGGUUUACAGAUGGUUAUUGAGAAGAAUUCGGUUUUCACAGCUCGAUCAGGACCGUGGAAUGGUAUUGGGCAGAGUGGUUUGCCAUUCAUAAAACAAAAUCCAAUUUUUAGCUUUUCUUUUGUUAUCAGUGAAAAUGGAAGUUACUAUACUUUUGAGCUUGUUAACCAAUCAGUUUUUACCAGGGUUUUUCUGAGUGAUAGCGGUGUAUUGGAACGGUACGCGUGGAUUGAUCGUACUCAGCUGUGGCAGCAUAUAUCGUCUGCACCGGCAGAUAAUUGUGAUACCUAUGAUCUAUGUGGUGCUCAUGGCAGUUGUGACAUAAGCAAUACUCCUGUCUGUUCGUGUUUGAAUAAGUUUGUGCCGAAAUUAAAAAAUAAUUGGAAUGCAGCAGAUUGGACUGGCGGAUGUGUUCGAAGCACCCCACUGGAUUGCGAGAAAGGCGAUGGCUUCACCAAGUAUUCGAAUGUUAAAUUGCCUGAUAUGUUGAAUUACUCAAUCAAUUCGAGCUUGACCAUGAAGGAAUGCGAGGUUGUGUGUUUGAAAAAUUGUUCUUGUAUGGCUUAUGCGAGUUCAGACAUCAAAACUGGAAGCGGAUGCUACUUCUGGUUCGGAGAUCUUAUCGAUAUCAAACAAUUUAACAAAGAUGGCGGGCAAGAUCUUUACAUUAGGCUGGCUUCUUCAGAAUUAGAUGUGAGCGCGAGGCGUAGGAAACGGGUCGGGAUCAUAGCAGGCUCAGUAUCAUUUCUGCUUAUCCUUUUUUUUUACCUUAAGCCUUUUUGUAUAAGCUUGUUUAUAAGGAAUAGAAAGAAGAAGCAGAGGAAAAUUCUUCAAGAAAUCUGGAAAAAGAAUCUAGAACUUCCCAGUUUCGACUAUGCUAUUGAUAACCAUGAGAAAGAUUUAGAGCUACCUCAUUUUGAAUUUAGCAUAGUCGCUCGAGCUACCAAUUACUUCUCGUUCAACAAUAUGCUCGGAGAGGGCGGAUUUGGACCAGUCCACAAGGGCACGCUUAAAGAUGGACAAGAAAUAGCUGUGAAGAGACUUUCUAAGGAAUCGAGACAAGGGCUCCAUGAAUUCAAGAAUGAAGUUAAUUCCGUUGCUAAACUUCAGCAUCGGAACUUGGUGAAGCUACUCGGAUACUGCGUUCAACUAGAUGAGAAGAUGUUGAUCUAUGAAUACAUGCCUAACAAAAGCCUAGACUUCUAUAUUUUUGAUGAAAACCGAAGCAAGUUACUGGAUUGGAAUAUGAGGUUUCGAAUUAUCAAUGGCAUAUCGAGGGGAUUGCUGUAUCUUCAUCAAGACUCUAGAUUAAGAAUUAUUCAUAGAGAUCUGAAAUUGAGCAACAUAUUACUAGAUAAUGAGAUGAAUCCGAAAAUCUCGGAUUUUGGCAUGGCGAGAAUUUUCCAGGGUAAUGAAACCGCAGCAAACACAAAACGAGUCGUUGGAACAUAUGGUUAUAUGUCGCCAGAGUAUGCUAUUGACGGAAUUAUGUCAGUAAAAUCUGAUGUAUUUAGCUUUGGUGUGCUCGUGUUGGAGAUAAUCAGUGGGAAGAGAAACAGAGGAUUUAUUCAUUCAGACCACCAACUUAACCUUCUUGGACAUGCAUGGAAGCUAUUCAAAGAAGGAAAACAACUCGAGCUUAUCGAUGAAUUAGUAGCGGAAACAUGGAAUUUGACAGAAGUGCUAAGAACAAUUCAUGUUGGACUGCUUUGUGUGCAACGUGACCCAGAAGAUAGACCAAACAUGUCAUCGGUGGUUCUAAUGUUGAGUAGUGAAGGUGCAUUGCCUGAACCUAAAGAACCCGGAUUUUUCACAGAAAGGAAAUUGCUUGAAGGAGAAUCUUCUACAAGUAAACAGGAAUCAUGCUCCAUUAAUGAACUUACCAUUACAUUGAUGGAUGGUCGAUGAACCUUAUUUAUGUAAAUCAAAUUUUACAUUUGAGAGUCUAAACUUCAUGUGAAUUUGUUCGAUUUUCAAAUUAUUUACACCGACCGAGAGGAGCCAAUGAUCAGCUCGACUAGAAUUAAAUCCUGGAAGCCAUUUUUAGUUGAUUAUUUAUCCAAAUAAGAGGUUCAACAUCAGUUGAUCAUAAUUUUUUUA